AUGAGUUUCUUAAAAUUAAUUGAUAUCGACAGCUUGGGAAGAUCCUAGAAUAAAAAUAAGCCAAUAAUAACCUUGUAAGAAAUUGGUUGUUAUUUCAACAAUUUAAAUUGA